UCUGCACAUGAUAAACUACCAACUAACAACAUCAUGAUUUCAAACAUUUUCCAUUCACAUUCCUAAAACUUUACACUUCUAAAACAAAUGCUUCGUUACGCCAACACUUUAGAUCCCACCGCACUAUGAUUCAAUGUGACUUCCUUUGGAUUUCAAUACCGUGCGAUUUGUAAAUCAUUUUUUUUACUUUUCGUUUUGCGCCACUGUUUCGUACCAGUGUAUUUCAAGCGGUUGACACUCGAAAAUCGAAUGCAAAGGUAUUCGAUCAAACCUCUUAGGAUCAAAAUCAAACAAACAAAGGAAUCAUGGCUGGUAAAGACGCUACAUUUGGAGUUAAUGCAAAAUCCAAUCUAAGUGCGCUUGGAUUUCCGCCUAAGAUAAUUAACAUCAUAAACCAAUACGGAAUAGAUGAAACCGAUGUACCAGCUGUGGUGACUUUUCUGUCGCAUUUGGGAUUCGCCACAGUAACAGAGGACGAUCAUCAGCUAUCGAUUGCGUUUCCGCAUCACACUAUCGAGGAAGAAAGGACUUACUCGCAGUAUCCUCCAGCCCGAUCAGAAUCUGAGGCAAGCAUCGCAUCAUACGAUGAUCUUUGCGCUAACUUAUCGGUGUUUGAAACAGAAUCUCCGAAGCUGGCCAUAGAUUCGGCAACCACGACGGUUCGAAUCCAGCCUUCAUGCAGUACAAAUACUGCGGAAAAAGCAGCAGCAGAAGAGGACAUAGGAUCGGUGGUAAAAACGUUUCCGCGGGUGCCAUUAGAGGAAACAACCAAAACGCUGUUGGUUUCACUUGCCGUACCGGACACGGCUCCACCAGAAAUACCGAUAGAGACACCUUCAUUCAGCUCAAACUUUUCAACGGAAACUCCGAGGGUUUUACUAUCCUCUCCGGUAACGCCUGCGAUAACCGGGAAAGCAGUUUUGAUGCCAUCAAAAAACGCUGACAACUUAGAGCCACUACAAUCACCGAUCGAUUCUUCAAAUGAUGAGAAUAAUAGCCACAACAAAGAAAACGGAUCAUUGGAUAAUAGUAUUGAACUGACUCCUGGAACGUUGCGAAAUCUGUUAGAAGGUUCCUUAACGGGAAAAGGAAUUUUGGAACAGGCUGGAAAAGGACCACUCUCAGAACGUAGACAGCUGGAGUUGGCGGAAAUUGUCGCCAGUUGGCAUUUGGCCAAUAAACCAAAACUUCUUGAGCUAGAUUUGAAGAAGUAUGCUCAAGUAAUUGUACUGUUGUUUAAGCAGGAGAAAGAGGAAACGUAUUUUUUACCGAGAGGAGGUGAUAAAAAAAAUCCAGGAGGAAAAAUUUACAACAAAAUUAAUACACUGAAAACAAAAGUACGAAAGCGAAAGCAAGACGAUGCUGAGCACGAGAAACGUAUCAAUAAAACUAAGAACCGAAAAAACGAAAAAUUAGAUGACGUUUUCGCUGUAGAAGCUUUGCAGUGGUUGAAAGUUAAUGAUGUUCCCUGGACUACAGUUUUAGAUAAAUGGAGAGCAAGUUUCCCUAUACGAAUUGAGUACCUCACUAAACCGAAAGCAAUCAACGAACUCUCUAAAGCGAAUCUUUGGCGGUUGAUUUCAACCGAAUUCGGAUACCAAUUGGUCGAUAUAGAUUAUCACCUGUUAAAUUUGGGCUCUUCUUGUGAAAGUGACAACUGGUCUCACAUUCUAGAUGUACUAGGAGAAUACAUAAAAGAACGAUCGAUUGACGAGCCGUCCUCUCAAUUACUCAACAUUUUGAACGAUCGCGUCGCAGACGAAGAUUCGAGAAUAUGUGCUCUUUUGAUACUACUGAACUGUGUGCUGCAUCCGCAAAAAGUAACCGUGAGCUAUAAGCCAACGAUAAUUAACGGUCAGGAAGAUACAAUUAUUUUUGCUGACUCAGAUGACGACGCCGUCGUUAAGUUAAAGCGUCAGUAUAAAAAGUACCAGGAUCUAGCUCUCCCGAAUCCUCCAAAGCUGAUAUUUUUUGGUGAAAGCACUAAACUGAACGGAGUAUACAGAGUGUAUUUUAACGAUUUCUGUUAUACCUUACCAUCGGUCAUACGAGCAGUCGAUGUGUACGUGAAGUUUACAGCGGUAUUGGCUGUGAAACAUUCGAAAAUAAGCAAAUUGGUAUGGAUGUUCAUAGCUCGACACGUAUACAAAUUGAAGAUAGCUGAAAAGUACGCAAGCAUAGAAAAACUUGAAGCAUUCUUAGACUCCACGAGACUUUUGGAAUCAAUUGAGCAAGAUGGAGAUUGA